CAGGCGUCAAGACUUUCUCGACCUUUUCUUGAGCUUGUUCGCGGCACAAGCCUUUGCUAAGAGACCUUGAUUCACGCCGCCCCGCAUUCUGCUCGCUCCGCUGCACGAAUCAUCCGCGCGCUUCUUGCCAACCAUCACUAACAAUCUCAGAUCAUCCAGUAUGGUCGAUACCGAAAAUGCGGGCACUGCAACUCGCAGUAUGUCCAAAGAUGAGGGCAGGUUGCGGGAGUUGGGAUAUAAGCAGGAACUUAAGCGCGAUUGGUCGCUCAUCCACAACUUUGGCGUCUCGUUCAGCAUCAUCUCGGUCAUUACUGGUAUUACUACACUCUUCGAGUAUGGCUUGACGACGGGCGGACCGGCCGUUAUGGCAUCAGGCUGGCUAGUUGUCAGUUUCUUCACGAUGUUCGUCGGCCUUGGAAUGGCUGAGAUCGUGAGCGCCAUACCUUCUGCGGGCGGUCCGUACUUUUGGGCAGCGAUUUUGGCUCCCAAGAAAUGGGCGCCUUUUGCUUCAUGGGUGACAGGCUGGUUCAAUCUCCUUGGGCAGGUUGCUGUGACCACGGGUAUUACUUUUGGUUGUGCUGGAUUGAUCUCAACAUUAGCCACCGUCAACGGAUAUGAGCCGUCUGCCGGGAAGACUCUAGGCAUCUAUGCCGCACUAUUGUUCUCGCACGGCAUCGUUAACUCGUUCGGUGUUCACAUCUUGCGCUACUUGAACAACACCUCGAUCACGCUCCAUUCGCUUGGAGUGUUUUCAUUUGCGGUGGCAGUCGUGGCGAAAGCUCCUCACCAUCAAUCUGCCCACGACGUCUUUGCCAAGUUCUACGAUGGAACCGGUGAUCCAGGCUGGUCUGUCCGAGCUUCUCCUGCCUACGUGGCUUGCAUCGGCAUCUUGAUGAGUCAAUACACGAUUACAGGCUUCGACGCAAGUGCCCAUCUUUCGGAAGAAACUCAAAAUGCGUCAUGGUCCGCUCCUCUAGGUGUGCUCAUGUCAAUAGGCUGCUCCGCGUUAUUCGGCUGGUUCCUCAUCCUCUGCCUCCUGUUCAGCAUUCAAGACUUCGAUCGAACCGUCGAUUCAACCUAUGGUCAACCGGUCCUGCAAAUUCUGGUCGACAUCUUCGGCAAGACAGGCGCUAUAGUGCUCUUCACGCUCGUCAUCAUCUGUGUGUGGCACUGCGGCCUGUUUAGCUUGACCUCCAACUCGCGCAUGAUGUUUAGCUUCGCACGAGACGGCGGUAUCCCCCACUUCUUCCACAAAGUCGACGCCCGAUUCAGGAGCCCAAUCCGUACCAUCUGGCUCGCUGCAUUCCUGGCAUUCCUCCUGGCCAUCCCCAGCGUUGGGUCUUCAGUGGCCUUUGCAGCCGCAACAUCCAUUGCGACCAUCGGUCUCUACAUAUCCUAUGGUCUACCAAUCCUAAUCGGCAUGAUCAAUCCCGAAGGCUUCAUCCACGGUCCAUUCAACUUGAAACGGUUUUCGCGGCCUGUUGCUUUGAUUGCCUGUGGUUGGAUCGGUUUCAUCACCAUUAUUUUCUGCCUGCCGGAGCUCAACCCUGUAGACAGCCAGACACUGAACUAUACACCUGUUGCAGUCGGCAUCAUUGGAGUGUGGUGUCUCGCAAGCUGGGCUUUGUGGGCUCGCAAAUGGUUUCGAGGACCCAUUCGCCAGAUUGAAGCGGAAGUUUCUGGUGUCAAUGUCGAUGACCCUGCAGCCAUGGCACAAGCCGAGCAAGAAGGCCGGAUUCCACAAAUCGAAGCACUGGAGGAGAGCAAAGAGAAGAGUAUGCUGGCUGCUAUGAAGCAUAACUUCAAUUAAGGCCCGUGGAGGCAUGCUCAACGCGAAUGAGUGCUUGGAGAGAUACGUGCCUGGGACUGGUCGAUAUGCAGAUAUCCCUGAAGGGAGCAAUACUAUUGGAAAUCAGCACUUUUCACAAUGGCAAGCAACUGAUUUGCUUUUCCGGAGUCUAUUGAGGCCGGACACCUGCUUUCAUUGAGUUGCUUUUACUCUACCAUCUCACGGUAACCACAGGUGAGAGGCCUAGACUGGCGAACGUUUGGCGCGUCGAUUGCUUGCCGGACUUUCUGGAGAGCUGUCGUUACUGCUACCCGCAUGUUUGCUCUCAAGAAGUGACGAUACGGCCCAGGUUAACUUAUCUCCAAGCGACACGACACUCUACUUCUCGCCUGCUUUUCCACGCGGCCUGCGCUACGGCUUACGACUCAUGGCUCGCGGAAUAGCUCUUAUUAAACCCCGACACCUUCCCAUUCCAACGUCUCAUAGUACUCCUUGCCACCGUCCAGGCCGGUCGAAUUGCCAGCCCAGAGCGGAUCCGCCAGGUUCCUCGCCUUCGGCCGUGGGCCAUUGAGUUUAUACCUAACCACGCACUUCCGAUCGGGCACGAAUGAAAUGUCAAGCAACUUGAAGUCCACGAGUGCCUCCGGUCCAUACUUGUCCGCAAUGAGAGUCUGAAUGUCGAGAAUACGCUCGCUUAGCCGCGCCGCAACGUCGGAGUCCCAGAAUCCUUCGCGCCGCUUGCAUCGCUUGAGAAGG